CAGCCGUCAUGAACAGUGCAGUGAGCAUCACAGUCUUCAUCCUGCUCACCACAGCCAUCGCCAUAAUGACAGAUGGAGGCGUUUACUCGGAUGGUCAACGACCACAGAUGGAGGUGUGCACUCGAGUGAUCAACGACUGCAGAUGGAGGCGUGUACUUGAGUGAUCAACAACCGCAGAUGGAGGCGUGUACUCAGGAGGUCAACGACCUCAAAUGGAGGCAUGUACUCGGAUGGUCAAUGACCACAGAUGGAGGCGUGUACUCAGGAGGUCAAUGACCACAGAUGGAGGCGUGUACCCAGGCGUUGGAGCAGAGGUGGAUGUGUGUGCCUCCUGCCAUGCGAAUGCCACCUGUGAGGAUAAGACCGACGGCACCGGAGGGAAAGUCUGUAACUGCAUGUAUGGCUUUGUGGGUAACGGGAGAACUCACUGCCAAGACAAGGAUGAGUGUCAGCUGGGGCGAAUCUGCGGUGAUCACAGCACGUGCCACAACACCCACGGCAGCUACUACUGCACCUGUGUGUCAGGCUACACCCCCACCAACCACAAGGCCGUCUUCAUCCCCAACGAUGGAACCUACUGCCAUGAUGUAGACGAGUGUGAGGUAGAGAAUAUUUGCGGAGAGGGAGGUGUGUGUAUGAACAAAGAAGGGGAUUUCUCUUGUACUUGCCAGAUUGGAUACACAGUUCAGAAAGGAUUCGAACCCUUCCAGCCUCUCAGAGACAAGGCCUACUGCGAGAUGGUAGACUGCGGUGCUCCCCCUGUUGUCCAACAUGCUGUACAGCUCUCUCCAUCCAACACCCAUUAUGGUAGCACUGUACAGUUUGGCUGUGCAGAUGGCUUUGUCUGGAGGAACGGUGUCAACACCACUGUCUGUGGCCCUGACGGACGCUGGAGUGGCCCCAGCUUGCACUGUGAAGCGGUGAACUGCAGUGAGCCACGCUUGUUCCCCCACUCCCACCACCUCUGGAGUGGCAGCUCCCAGCUUGGCUCUGUCGUCCACUACGUGUGCCACGUCGGGUUUUAUAACGCUGGCACUCAGAGCACCUCUGUGUGCUCUGCUCUCGGGCGCUGGAGCGCCAUCGACUUUAGGUGUCGAGAGAUACAGUGUGGCAUUCCCCUUCCUCUCCCUCACUCUGUAGUAUUAUGGGACGGACACAGUAAGAUCGGCUCCAGAGUGCUGUAUGCGUGUGAAACUGGAUAUCACAGUGUAGGUGAAGGAGACAUUUCAGUGUGUAACUCAAGUGGACAUUGGACCAAAACACAUGUCACAUGCGAAGAGAUCCAAUGUGGGGAGCCCUCUAUGCUGCCUCACAGUGGUCGCAUAUGGAAUGGCAACGUGCGCUUUAAUAGUACUGUAAUCUAUUACUGUAUGGAAGGAUAUUACCCUGCAGUGGGAAAAAAUAAAUCUGUGUGCAGUGAGAAUGGCUCCUGGACCAAGCCGACUCUGCUCUGCAGAGAAAUAGAGUGUGGUGUUCCCCCCUCUUUCCCUCAUGCAGUAAUGUUGUGGACUGGACUCAGUAAAAUAGGGACAGAAGUGCGUCAUAAGUGUGAUGAUGGUUUCUAUAACGCUGGCACUGAGGACAUGUCCGUAUGCAACAGCAGGGGGAUGUGGAGUCUUCCACGGUUUGCCUGUCAAGAGGUCGACUGUGGCACCCCUCCCCCUCUCGCUCACACACUGCUGUCCUGGGACGGCAGCUCGACCCUGGGCUCUGUGGCUCGGUAUGAGUGUGAAGCAGGAUACCACAGCCGCAGCACACAGUGUGUGUCUGUGUGCAGCUCCGACAACCAGUGGAGCACCGUCCACUUGCACUGCCAAGCGUAUUGUGGGCCAACUCCACUGCUGGCCCACUCACAGGUACUGUGGGAGAACAGCACCGUGGUUGUUCACCGCUGCAUAAAAGGAUACUACAGCCGCACAGGAAGUGACAUGUCAGUAUGCGACACCACAGGAAGGUGGCAGGUGGCCACUCUACGCUGUCGAGAGGUUCGUUUUGGAGUGCGAGGCCUGGCCAUGUUUAAUCAGAGAUGUCUGCAGUGGAACACGGAGGCAGAGCACAGUGGUGCCAGAGAGCAGUACAGAGUGUCUUUUAUAGGAGAGAGGCUCUUUGACCACUCAUUCAGUGAUAGUCAGAGGAAGCUGUUCAGUUCUGCUGCCCUGCAUCCUGUUGUCUGCUUAAACCUGCAGCCUGCCACAAACUAUACCAUUACUGUUACAGCACAGAGUACUGGAGACACAGCUACAGUUACUGCCAACACCAGCAUACCAGUUCCUUCCACACCUGAGGUCAGGUACAGUGAGGUGGACGCUCACCUGCCCAUGCUCAGACUACGCAGAGCCCCCAGCACGCUGGACCCAAUAUGUGCAUACCAGGUGAUAGUGUUACCUGUGGAGGGCAUGCUGGUGUUUGACUGCGGCCUGUCCUUGUUGACCCGGUCCUCUGAGCAGGGAGGGUGUCGGGGCGAGUAUGUGGCAGCCCAGCUGGAGCUGCGUGGUCUGGGCACGGAUGUGAACUUCACCCUGGGCAACCGCCAGCUGUACGGACAGUUCUACAAUGCGCCACUGGAGUCGGGGAAAGAUUACUACAUCAUACUGCGCACAGUCUGCCACUGGAAACAGAUGAGAAAGCAAUCCUGUGUCAUCUGGGCCAAAGCCUUAGGAGCAUCCUAUGCCAGCGAGAUGUCUGCCCUGGUGACUUUUGGAUCUAUCGGGGUUGUGGGUGUGUUGUGCAUCAUGGGUUACUGCUGCAGCUGCUUCGAAGUCCUCCGCUGCCGCAGCUGAAUCAUGGGACAGUGUGCUCUGGUCGCACACAUGUAGUAUGCCGGCCAGGAACUUUUCGCGUACUCCUUGAUGAAUACUAGGUGUUCGAUGUACUGCUUUGGCAUAUUGUACAGCAUGGAAGUAUGUGGUUUUGGACGGACCUUUAGUAUAAAAUAUGCUGACCUUUAUUCUCGAAACCAAACCUGGUGUUUUACUCUUCUCCAUCU